AUGAGCUCCCCGAGUCAGCAACAACCAGCUUCCGAUCAAGCUCGUCCUCUCACGGAUCUUUACGAGAACCCGUACUACCUUCACUCGUCUGAUCAUGCUGGUUUGGUUCUGGUUACAGAUCGCUUAUCAUCAGGCUCGGAAUUUCAUUCUUGGCGUCGAUCUGUGCGGAUGGCGUUGAAUGUUCGAAACAAGCUAGGAUUUAUCGAUGGAACGAUUCCGAGGCCUCCUCCUGAUCAUCGUGAUUCUGGUUCUUGGUCAAGAUGUAACGAUAUGGUGGCGACCUGGCUUAUGAAUUCUGUUUCUAAGAAGAUUGGUCAAAGCUUAUUGUUCUUGUCAACGGCUGAAACCAUUUGGAAGAACUUAUUGGCUCGCUUUAAGCAAGACGAUGCUCCUCGAGUGUAUGAGAUUGAGCAGCGUUUGAGUUCGAUACAACAAGGAUCAAUGGACAUAAGCACAUACUAUACCGAGCUUGUUACUUUGUGGGAGGAGUAUAGGAACUAUGUGGAGAUUCCGGUGUGUUCUUGUGGUCGUUGUGAGUGCAAUGCGGCUUCUUUAUGGGAGAAGAUGCAUCAGAAGAGCCGUGUUACGAAGUUUCUUAUGGGAUUGAAUGAAGCAUAUGAGUCUACACGGCGUCACAUCCUCAUGUUGAAGCCUAUUCCUGACAUUGAAGAUGUCUUUAACAUGGUGGCUCAGGACGAGAGACAGAAGACUAUCAAGCCUUCUACAAAACUGGAUACAGUUGCCUUCCAAAGCUCUGGUCCUCUCGAAUCUGCUAUUCAUCAUCCAGAGUCUGGCUUCUAUAACGGACUUACUGAUAAUGCAGCUUAUGCCGCGGCUUACCAGGGCAAUCGAUACCCUCCAAAGCCGGUGUGUACUCAUUGUGGACGUACUGGACACACAGUACAAAAGUGUUACAAACUCCACGGUUACCCUCCUGGACAUAAGUUGCAUCAGCGGCCUUCAUCAUCCAACUCACGUGGCCAGCAACAACAGACUCAGCCUAAGUCUCAGUUCCCACAACAGAGUCAAUUUCAACAAACUCAGACUGCCAAUGCUGUUGCAGCUCCUUCUCUGAAUCUUAACCAGUUCACAACGGAUCAAGUUCAGAGUUUGUUGAAUAAGUUGAUUGCUCAAACAAGAAUCAGUGACAAGCCAUCAUCUCAACAACCAACAGGCACUAUUACUGAACACGGUUUCAUGGCCUCUACUUCUACUGCUGGUGAGUGGUGCUACAAGCCAUGUGUGACAGUCUCUCUUCCCAAUGGCACUAGUGUACCUAUCAGUCACACGGGGACAGUGCAUAUCUCAGAACAUCUCGUUUUACAAAACGUCUUACAUGUUGAUAGUUUCAAGUUCAAUUUGCUGAGUGACCAUAUUCGGGACUUGACGAUUGGUAAAGGAUCGCUUAUGCAUGGUCUUUACAUUUUGGAGCCUCUUGUUCAUGCUAAUUCACAUUCUUUCUGUGGAUCAUUGAUUGAUGGAACUCUCUGA